AUGGACUUUGCGUCCUUGAUGACAGCACAGAUCGCCAAAAAGAAAGGCAGCACUACCAAGAGCGGCGACAGCAGCAGCGGCAGCGACAGCAAGGAUGCGGUGACGCAGCAGAAAAGGUACAUACGCAACGGCGAGGCCGAGGAGCGACGGAGGGCCGAGUACCUGGCAGCGCAAAAGGCACGCGACGCCGAGCGAGAGGCCAAGGCGGCCGUCAAGCGGAAGCGCGAGGAGGAGGCGGUCGAGGAGAAGCGGAUCCGCGAAGAGAAGCGGCGACGACUGGCGGAGGAGUCGCGGAUACGACGUGAGGCCCGUGAGGCGGAGGAAGAGCGCGCUCGACGAAAGCGCCUGGGGCUGCCGGAACUGCCAGCGGCCGGCGAGGCCGAUGCAGACGGCAGCAACAGCAGCAACAAGGACGACACGGCCGCGGACGAAGGCGAGGACCUGCCCGAGGACGAGCUGCGCAAGGCACUGCGAGAGAAUGGCGCGCCGGCCGUGCUGUUUGGCGAGACGCACGGCCGGCGACUGCGGCGGCUGCGGCAGAUCACGGCGGCCGCUACGGCCCAGCUGGCUAACCUGCCGGUGCCGACGAUCCUGGCGUCUGUGGCCGAGAAGGACAUGAAGGUACCAGCAGUGCCAGAUAUCCCGCGCGACCCGGCCGGUCGCAAAUACCUCUUCCGCCAGCUUGCCAGCUACUUCAACCUCGUGCUGCGCGAGUGGCAGAUGGCCCUGCUGGAGGCGACGCCCACGGCCGACGACGAGACUGAGGCCAGCCGGGGGGCUCGCUCUAUCAUGGAGCAGAGCCGGACGGCUAUCAAGCCGCUCUUCCGACGCCUGGAAAACGGUGAUAUGGACGACAAGAUCCUGGCGGCCAUCGUCGAGAUCGUGCACGCAGCACAGGAGCGGCGAUAUGUCGACGCAAACGACGCCUACCUGCGCCUCAGCAUCGGCAAGGCCGCGUGGCCCAUUGGCGUCAUCAUGGUGGGCAUCCACGAACGUAGUGCGCGCGAGAAGCUUCACGGCGGCGACAAGGGCAGCGUCAUGACCGACGAUGUGACGCGCAAAUACGUCCAGAGCAUCAAGAGGUGUCUGACGUUUGCCCAAGUGCGGUGGCCGCCCGACGACGCGAGCCAGCUGAUGGGCUGA